CCUGGAACACGGUUGAGACAAGUUGUACAAAAGCGCUCGAAGGAUUCCCGCACCGCCAACCCUAUUCUGCCGAUCAUCAGCCAUGUCGCUAUCUACUCAAUUUCUUAACUGCACAUCCUUCACCUCGUCAUUGCUUCUGUCGAAAAUUGCAACCCAUUAACUUGAAAGUACCAAAUAAUCAACCAUGAGCCAAUUUCAUCAAGUCUCCCUAACACUAUUAGACCUCCCUGUCGAAACCUUGUCAGAGAUUCUCGGUCAUCUAGACGUGUACGAACUCGUACGGGCUCGUCAAAUAUGCAAUUACGUUCGAGAAGCUAUCGACUCUUCCUCGGAGUUGCUUUAUUCAAUCGACCUCAAAUAUUUUAACGCAAUUCCGGACACUUUGCCUGCCUCAGACGGCACUGACGUCCCAGCGCUUCGUCAAUCGCUUCGAAAAAGUGAAUCUGCAUGGCAGAAUGCUCAAUACUCAUCAAACAUCCUGGACCCUAUUCCGUGCCCAUUUGUGUACCGAUGGUCGUCCGGCGUUCUGGGAUUCCCAAGAGAACAACUCCAGCAAAUAACGUUUCUCCAGCCCCAACCGUCAGACGGCCACUCCAGUGCCCCAACCUUGUGUCAGUGGAGCUGCCAAGUCGACAGCGAAGUCUCCCAUUUCAAUUUCUCGCCUGCGCAGGAUCUUUUGAUUCUACUUACCAGUGCACCCCGAGGGGCAAAUCACGCGUUUGAUGUCAGUUUCAGAUCUCUCUCAGAGAAUAACGUCCAUCCGGAAGCUGCAUCUGCUGUCAUCAAAGCACUCGACAACGAGGUUGAUUUCGAAUUCUCCGAUCCCUACGCUCGAAAAUCAUCGAUCUUCGGGGACUUUUAUGGUGUUUUAUUCACAAAUGUCGACAGAGCGCAUGAUGGAGAGGCGGCCGACAUUUUGCAAAUCUGGAACUGGAAGACAAAGGACGCCUUUCAGUGCAUCGAAGCUCUUGAUCCAGCUUGCGAAACAAUGGACUUCAGCUUCCUGACGAACGAUAAACUUCUCGUCGCCAACGCUAGGGAACUAUCGUUGUAUUCCCUCGUCCAUUCAUCCAAUUCCCUCCAGCUCACCGCAAAAUUCUCCCUCCCUCCCUUGCGGUACUCCUCUGAAUACAAAUAUUUCAAUUUCAACCCCAUUCCUUUCCCUGCCCAGACACACAACCAAAUCAUCACUUUCAGCAUGAACAUUUUAGGGGGGCCUGUCUACGGCAUGCCUUUUUUCACAUUCUUCAUUGAGCGCAAUACUCUCUUGGAACUCGAGUUAAACUAUACGAGUCGAUAUGGAAAAGCAACUGAAGACUCCCCUAGCCUUCCUUGGUCCAGCUGGGGUCCAAAUCACACCCGGUCCUUCGAGGAUCACUUCCCCGAUCCUUGCAAACACUCCAUCUCUGGCUUCCGGUCUGUAUCUUUGGUCGGAGACCGGGAUUCGGAACGUGAGUCGCGAUCACUAUGCAUUCGCGACUUCAACCCUCAUCGAGUGGCGGACUUCAAGGCUGGGUACGGAUCUAGGCUCAAUCAACGACUUAUCGAAGGCGAGACAACAACAAACUCGGAUCUGUUCUUGGAGCCUCUUGGAUCUGGUCUCCCAUAUCUCGAGACGAUCACCAAGGAGAAGUUCGUUGCAACGGAUAUGAACAUGGAGGCAAACAGGGUUACAUUGAUGACGUUCGAAAUGAGGCGCACUAUUACGAAGCCGCAAGCAGGUCAGGAGGGCUCCGUAGAGUUUACAGCUCUACAGGGCUUUGAAGUACUUGAUUUCCAGUAGUUAUUUACCUCGAACUUCAUGUCACUUAAGCAUCUUAAUCCAUAUUGCGUUUACUGAUU